UUGAACCAAAUAUGGCGUCGGUACAUAGUCCACAGCUGACGCUGCGUCUUGUUUCUUUUCCCAGAAUUUCUCAGCUGCAAAAUAGAACCGUUGCCGAAUCUACUCGCCGGAGAAAUUUCCCCCUGAUUUGAUCCAAACACCUUCGAUCAGAACACUAAAAGCGCUAGAACAUUAGAAGUGAAAGAUGAUCGGAGUAGGCAAGGUCAAGCAGUAUUCUAAUGUUCUGGACAAACCACUCAGUAAGGGUAAACAAGAGGUCAGUUUGAGCGCAUUUGCAUUUUUGUUUUCGGAACUCGUUCAAUACAACCAGACACAAGUUGACAAUAUUUCUGAAUUAGAACGAAGGCUGGAGGAUGCAGGCUAUGCAGUUGGAGCUAGAGUUCUUGAACUUCUUUGCCAUAGAGAGAAGGGGAAUAGAAGGGAAACUCGAUUAUUGGGUAUUUUGUCUUUUGUACACAGCACAGUGUGGAAGGUGUUGUUUGGAAAAGUAGCUGACUCCCUUGAGAAGGGCACUGAACAUGAAGAUGAAUACAUGAUUAGUGAGAAGGAGCUUCUUGUGAACAGAUUUAUUUCCAUUCCAAAAGACAUGGGGACAUUUAACUGUGGAGCAUUUGUUGCUGGAAUAGUGAGGGGUGUUUUGGAUGGUGCAGGUUUUCCUGCGGUAGUAACAGCUCAUUUUGUGCCUAUGGAGGGUCAGCAACGACCUCGGACAACCAUUUUGAUAAAAUUUGCUGAAGAGGUACUAAGAAGAGAAGCAAGAUUAGGUUGAUAUUUUUUGCCAAGAUCUCACCAUGUAAUUUUUGCAAUCAUGUUCACCAUAAAAGGCAGAGAAUGGCGAAUUAUUUAGCCUACUUUUCAAACUAAUCAGGAUUGUCACCUGCCAGUCUUAUCACACGCGUGUAUCAUUUGUCAGAUUCUUGCUUCUUUAUAUUUAUGCCCUUCUUCAGGACUUGGUUA